AUUUCUGGUGUUCUGUGUAUUCUGGUGUUCUGUGUAUUCUGGUGUUCUGUGAUUUCUGUGUAUUCUGAUUUCUGUGUUUUUUGUUGUCCUGUGUAUUCUGAUGCUCUGUGUAUUCUGAUGCUCUGUGUAUUCUGAUGUUCUGUGAUUUCUAUGUAUUCUGAUGCUCUGUGUUUUUUGUUGUCCUGUGUAUUCUGAUGCUCUGUGUUUCCUGGCUUCCUGUAUUUUCUGUUGUUUUGGCUUCCUGGUUUCCUGUGGUAUUCUUCGAUCAAUCCUCUAUUCCUGUUACGUUUCGUGCGCUCCAGUUACUCUUCUUCGCUCCGCUUUUUCUCCCUCAUUAUUACUCAUUUACUUCUCCUGUCUUACCCGAUGCUCUGCCAGCACCCUUCCAGUAACUUCUCAGUCUUCUAACCAUCUUCGAAUGAUUCUCUACCCAUCUUCUCUCAAUCUUCUAAACAUCUCCAAAUAAUCCCCAAAUCUCAUAAGGAUCUGCCCUAGACACUGUUUGUCCUCCCACCGCCUGCCUGCGGUGACCAGCUUCCCAGCCCUGCUGGCCCUAUA